AUGUCCAAAUCUUCUCACUCCUCACCUGCUGAGUCCAGCACCAGCCCUUCUCGCCCUCCACUUGCCCCCAUCAACAUUGGAGAUAUUGAGAACAGGAGAAACGGCAGGGCAUCUACUGAAGCCACAAGAACAACAACACCACCAGCAGCAGCAUCACCCACGGUGAGGGCAGCCGCUGCUCCCUACAACGCCCAACAACGCCUGACACGUAGGACGCUCAGGGUCGACCUGGAACGCCACGCAAAACCAACACAGUGGACGAUGCCAACCGACGAGUCCGAGAUCCGGAACACGGCCCUCAACAAUCUACAAUCCGUCUACCUGCGGCUGCAGUCAGAAAGAACUGCCGUUCUUGCCCAACGAGCAAGCUACUUGUGUGACGCCUUCGGUGCAUUCGAUAUCCCUCUUGGACAAGAUCUGGAGGACAUUGACAACUUCAACCUCAUGCACGAUCGCGUGUACACAUCGCUACUAGAACACGCCCUACGACUCGACAAGCACAUUGCGUCGGUUCAGGAGCUCAUCCAACAGUUCGAGUUCGCAGUAAAACGUGGUCACCUCUUCGAUGACUAUGGUUACCUCAGGACCAACAACUACACACAUGGUCCACUGGUCGGCCUCAUGACCAACCAAGUAGCGAGAGAAAAAUCGUUCAUCUCGCAAUUUGCACCCCCAUCACCCAGAACUGUUAGACGCAAUCUCGAACUUAUGUCACCCUCGGAUAUGACCGAAGAGCAGUUAGCGUACAUUAGCAGCGGUCUUUAA